GUGCCCCCGCCCGCGUCCGGGUCUCCGGGCCACGACCCGGCGGCGGCGAGGCCGGGCGGCCACCUGCAGCGCCGCGUGCGGAACGGGCGUCCGCGCUCCCGGGGCGGCCGCAGUCCCGCCGCCCCCACUUCGCCGACCGAGCCUCCGGCGCUUCGUGGAGCCGCCCGCGCUCCCGUGCAGAUUUCCUGAACAGUGGUUUGAUGACAGUUGCCUGGGUCCAAAUUGCAUGGAAACAUUCUGAACCUCCUCUGGGAUCCUGUAUCUAAGAAUCAUGACUGCUUUCUCAGACAUUUAAUAGGAAUUCUUCCAUACCUGCCCACCUCUUCUUAUGAGCGGUAGCUCUUACAUCACACAGCUGCUACAUGUAAAUCAGCAGACAAUUGAACCAAAUAAAGAAAAUAACCUCAUGAACAAGAAAGCCCCCCCUGAGAAGCCCAGGGAACCUAAUGGGAAUAUUGUACGGGAAAUUGAGCUGGACAUGAUUUCCACGAGGGUGAUGGACAUUAAGCUUCGGGAGGCUGCGGAAGGCCUUGGGGAGGACAGCACAGGAAAGAAAAAGUCCAAAUUCAAAACGUUUAAGAAGUUCUUUGGGAAGAAGAAGAGAAAGGAAUCUCCUUCUUCCACAGGAAGUAGCACCUGGAAACAAAGCCAGGCAAAGAAUGAGGUCAUUGCCAUCGAGUCAGGGCCAGUGGGCUACGACUCAGAGGAUGAGCUGGAGGAGUCAAGGGGCACGCUGGGCAGCCGGGCCCUCUCACACGACAGUAUUUUCAUUCCUGAGUCGGGACAGGACCCUCCUCGGCCGGUGCGGGUCUUUUCCCAAGAAAAUGUGUGUGACCGGAUUAAAGCUUUGCAGUUAAAAAUACAGUGUAAUGUGAAAAUGGGGCUGCCACCUCCUCCGGGGGGCCUUCCGGCCAGGCGGGGAGAUGAUGCUGGCAUGAGCUCUGAGGACGACGGUCUGCCCAGGAGCCCCCCAGAGAUGUCCUUGCUGCACGACAUCGGCCCCGGCACCACCAUAAAGGUCUGUGUGGUUUCCUCGUCCCGGCCACAGUCUCCUGACCAGCUCUUCUCCAGGCAAGUGAGCGACGCCUCCGUCUCCCCCAGGACCUCGGACGGCAGCGUGGCCCCCGUGGCUGAUUUCGAUUAUCCCCCAGAAUUCUCCUCCUGCCUGGACAACUCUGCGGCCAAGCACAAGCUCCUGGUGAAACCCCGCAACCAGCGGUGCAGCAAAAUGCGGCGUCUGUCCUCGAGAGCGCAGUCCGAAUCCCUGAGCGAUCUGACGUGUACCCCAGAGGAGGAGGAAUACGACGAGAAGCCGCUACCCAAAGUCAGCACGGAGGAGAAGCCCAGUUCUGGGCAGCAGGAGGGGGGACAGGACAGAGGCGCUGAGCCUGGGGGGCAGGCGACCAUGCUGCCACCUGUGGGGCCCCGUGCGCGGCGGGCGCGCCUGCAGCACUGCCCGGCGUUCACCGCUAGCACCGAGGAUGAGAACCCCCCGGGGGAGAACCCCUCCAGCCUUUUGGCCACGCCGGAGGUCAUGGAGGUCACAGAGCCCGUGUCGAGCCCACACCCCCGCUCGGAGUCCCCGUCUUGCCCAGAAGGCUCCCCGCACCCUCACCCUAAUCCCGACAGCGAAAACCCAAGGGAGGAGCUGUCCCUGGAAACCCGGUGUCCCCCCGGCGGGGACACAGCAGACGAGGUGGUUUGUGCUUCGGGAGACGUCGAGUGUCGAUUAUCUCCCUGCAUCCCCGAGGGGGACACGACCCCUCCCGAGCCCGGACCCAUAGCCACCUGGGAGACGCCCUCUGGUCCCGACGGGCCAGACCACACCGGUCCGAAGGAGGUGCGACUGACCCUGGACGCUCCGGGUCCCGAGGGCGCAGGGCCAGCAGCCCCGGCCCCCAGCCCGCCGGCCCCCAAGAGCUGCUUGAAGCACAAGGCCUCGGCUGCGACAGCGAACGCGAACCUCGGCGCGGCCCCCUCACCGCCUGCCUCGGCGUCGCCUGCAGAGGCGCCCGCACCGCGAUCCCUGGACCAGGAGGCGGCGCCCCCGGAGCCCCCCAGGGCCGAGCGGGAGGGAUCCCCCACGGAGGCGGCGGCGCCGGAGCGCAAGAUGGAGCGAGGAGGCCGCGAGGCGCGGGCCGCCAAAAAGUUUUCGGUGUCGUCGGGCCGCGAGUGGCCGCGCGCGGGGGGCCGCCUGCUGGAGCCCCGAGGCCCCGCCGUCCGGCUGCCGCUUCUCAGGAGCGGUCCGGCCUGGAAGAGCGAGGCCGCCCUCGAGGACCUCCCGGCGCCCGCCGAGCCCCAGGGCCUGAAGCCCGGUCCUCGGAAGCCGCCCGCCCCGGCCGAGCGCGGCUCUCCGGACGCGGCCACCGCGGACCCCGGCCCAGCCGCCCGGGAGAGGCCCGCGGGCGGGGACGGAAGCCCCUUCCCGGUCAAGCUCCGCUCCACGUCUCUGUCCUUCAAACACAGAGAAGCGCCCUGCCCGGAGGGGAGGGGAAUCAAGAGGUACAGCGCGGAGGUCAGGCUGGAGAAAGGAGGGCUGACCUUGCUCUCCAGGAACGACAAGGGUCCGCCCGGGACGGGCCCCGCCGCCCGAGGCGCCAGGUCUCUCAACGAGCCGGGGAAGGCGAAGACCCGGUCCACCGAGCAGCUCAGCUCCAAGCCUCCCCUGCCCAGGAAGCCGCUACUGCAGACCCUCACCCUCCCCCAGCUGCCCGCGCCCCCCGACGCCAGCCCCCGGGACCCCGAGAAGGUAGGGCCGUCCGCCGACCCCAGGAAGGAGAGCCAGGCGGCGGAGAGGAAGUCGCCCCACAGGGCAGCUGGUUAUUGAAGCUGUUACAGAGUGAUUCAAAACGCCAUUGAAAUAGCCAGGGCGGAGGAGGGUGCAGAUAAAACCCUGACGUCAGCACCAUCCGCCUUCGUGGGCUAGAAUUGAAGAUGUCUCUCUUGCUGAAUGAACAGAACUUAAAGACAGGAUACUCAGCUUCACGGUCAGAUCUGGAAAAGAAGCUUCAGAGGGCGAAGCUCGACACGUUGAUAAUUUAUAACUUCCUCAGCUUAAGCUGUGAGAGUCAGGCUUUGUUCACUGUCAACUGGCUGGAAUGGUCUGUAGUUAGAGAGCUUCUGUUUUUCCUUUUGUUUUGUAAAGUACAAUAUAAUAUUUAUUAAUGGCUUUGCUUAAAUAGAAGAGAGUUGUGUUGUCCGACUUAGCACUCCCUAAGCCACAGAAGUAACUGACUCAGAUGAAUUCUGGAGUGGAAGAAUCUAGGUUGCUUUAGGGGGCAAGGGUAGUGAUUUUCAUUUCGAUGCAAAGAGAGGAGAUAAUUCUUACAUUCUCUUGGGAAACCGACCCUCCCAGGGUGGAUGGUAUUUGAGGGCUGCUGUCUGGUGCCCCCUGGGACCGUGGGGUCUGGGGGCUGUCUCCUGCAGGCCAGAUCAGAAUCUCAGAGCCCCAGGCUCCCAGAGCCCAUCAGUGAAGCAGCCUCCACCCCUUCCCCAGACCCUGGGUCUGCUUGUGGUUCAAUUCGUUAUUAUUUCUGCUCUCGCCCUCAUGGCUCCCAAAUUAUAGCAGCUGAAGGCAAUUAAAUUCGUAUAAAACAUACAGAUAAUAAAACGUUGUAAUAACAGUAUUACCCAGUUUUCCAGGAAGGCCUAAUUACUGCUGUUUAUUAUCUUGUGGUGGCAGGCGCUUUUACCCAGAGCUCCCAGAUGGGCUGCCAUCUCCCCUGCCCCCCUUCCAGGGGUGCGCACCAUACAGUUGGGUUAUGGAGGUGUCCCAGAUGGGCACAGUUCCAUCUCCGGGACUCCAUCUAGUUUGUCCCAGCACUCCUGCUUCUUCCCCCACCUGUCCCCUACACCCUGUCUUCCUUCCCUGAAGACGGAGAAACCCCGGGGGUGUGGGAUUCGGGGAGGAUAAGAUGGUUGUUGGCAAUCAACAGAGGAGCCCAGCUUGCUGACCGGGCUGAGCCUCACAGGGCACCUUGGGGUGGUCGCUGUGAGCCCAGUAUGUUUGUGCUCGUUGAUGCAAAGGAGACCAGUCAGUCUGCGCACUUGCCAUAGGAGGUGAAUGGCCCUGGGUUAUCAGCCCUGUUCACGUGUGCAGACAGUCCCCAUCCUCCUGUUGGGCCAAUCCGUCCCAGAGUCUAAAUCAGCAGUCUGGAAGCAGCUUCCUGCGCUCAGGAUUAGAAUUGGAGCAGGAAAAAUGGUGAAAUACACAAAACGUAUAGAAAAAAGUAGUCGUCCGUAGGUCCACUCUCUGGAUGUUAUCCCUGUUGACCUUCCUUCUAGUCUCGUGUGUGUGUGUGUGUGUGUGUGUGUGUGUGUGUGUGUGUGUGUGUUUUAUUUUCUACGUAGUGGUAGACACUUGUUGGAUAUUUUGGAGAGUAGCUAGACAAAGCACUGUUCUCACCAGGGGCCUCAUUUGAUCACCAGCCCCUGCCUCUAGUCCAUGCUUGUUCCCUCCAGACCGGGCUGGUGACAGUGGCACACCAGGUCCUGGAGCCAGUCCUCACUCGUUCAUGCAUAUUCGUUCUUCCAACAAACAUUCACGUACUCCUGCCAUGCACACUGCACUGUGCUGGCCCUAAAAGGUGGUCAGGAAGAGAACGCCAGCCCUGCUGUCCGGGAGCUUAGGGGCCCGGGGAGGCAGGUGGCGGCGACUGUAGGUAGAUGCCCAUCUUUCUUUGGAUGGCAGGGAGGUUUUCUGGAGGAAAUGAGCUCGAAAAGACUGUCACCGUCUCUAACGACAAAGUUAUUUCAGUGUAUUCAAGUUCAUUUGAGUAGAAUACAAGGAGUUUGGUGGGAUUUUGUGUUGGUUUUUUUUUUUUAUUUAUAUAUAUAUAUAUAUACAGGUCUUUUAUUCUUAAAGAAAAGCAACUUUGUUCACACCUGCCCUUCUUUUUAGCCUUAUCCAUACCCUCAUGGUCCCUUCCUGGCAAGUGUGGUCCACACCCUGGGCCUCCAUUUCCCCACCUUUCCUGUGCUCCUCAGACCGUGUACAUCCGCUCAUCCUCACUUGCCUCCCAGUGCGAUCACUCUCCUCGACUAGGACACCCCCAUAGCAGAGCCCGUAGUGAAGCCACACCCCCUCAACAGUUGUGCUGGUGGUCCUGCAGGUUCCCUUCCCUUGCCACUCUGCCCCUCAGGUGGUCCCGGUCAUAAGAGUGCAGAGCAACGCAGAGGCUGAAUCCCAGCUUUCUAGCCAGAGAAUCUUGGGGUGUGAAAAACCACAGAAGGGAAACACCUGAGAAGGGUCCUUCACAUACAGGUAUGAAAUCCUGGGCUUGGCCCUGAGAUGCACCUGCAGAUCAGCACAGAAGAACCUUUGAGAAUUUUAACAGGACCAAGUCUCAACAUAAUACUCAAAAUGUCUCGGAUACAAACCAAAAUUAUUCAACCUACAGAGUACCAUGAAAACCAAAAGAAUUCUCAAAGAAAGAGGCAAUCAACAAGCAUCAACCCUGAGAUGAUCCAAAGGUUGGAAUUAUUAGAAAAAGAUGUUAAAGCAACUGUUAUACCACGGUUCCAACAUGUAAGGGUGAGCACUCUUGAAACAAAUGGGAAGAUUCUCUGUAAACAAACAGAAGCUAUUUUUAAAAGCCAAAGAGAAAUUUUAGAACAGGAAAAUAUAACAGAAAUUAAAAAUUCACUGGAAGAGUUCACUAGGAGAAUGGAGAUGAUAGAAGAAAGGGUCAAUGAACUUAAAGAUAGAUCGAUAGAAAACAUCCUGAACACAAAGAGAAAAAAAGAUUUUUAAAAAAGCCUUGGGGGCCGGAGCAACAAUAUUAAAAAGUCUUACAUUCAUGUCAUGGGAGUCCAAGAGAAGAGGAGAAAUAGAUUUGAAGAGAGAAAAAUACCUGAAGAGAUAAUGACUGAAAACUUCCUACAUUUUGGAAAAACAAAUUUACAGAUCCACGGAGCUCAGGCAAAUUACUUUUGCACCCUUGUAAAAAAUGUGGCCAUAUCGUUUGGUUUUACUUCACCUUUUCAACAAAUGGUUGUGGAGCAUGUGAACAUCCAUAUGCAAAAACGUGAACUUUGACCAAAGU